AUUCAGAGAUGAAUACAUAAUAAGUAUGGAUCCUCCUCUUCAAGAAGAAGGCCGUUGGCACAGGUACAAAAAUAUCAGGGAUCUUAGGAAUGCAGGGAUUCAUGUGAAGCUUAACAAGAGAGAAGAAUGGAAAUGGAACAGCGUGUCUUUCAACUCCAACUUGUUUAGCGGAGAAUUGAAGCUUCCAAUGAUGAUAGUGAAUGAUGUCACUCCUUAUUUCUAUCACAACUUGAUUGCAUUCGAGAUGUGCCCGGAUUUUCGCAACAACUUCGAAUUCUGUUCAUAUUUUUUCUUGAUGGAUUCCUUGAUAGACGAAGCCGAGGAUGUGAAGGAACUCAGGUUGGCCGGUGUCCUCCAAAACUUGCUCGGAAGUGACAAAGAAGUGGCCAAACUCUUCAAUGAACUAGGCCAUGAAUUGCCUGCUAAAAUGUGCAAUUACAUGAUCAGAACUAAUGUUGUGGCCUACAGCAAAGGAUAUAUUCAAGUGAAGCAUCAAAUCAAUGAACAUUACCAAAAGAAAUGGAAGACUUGGUUGGCUGAAGGACGCAGCACUUAUUUCAGUACUCCAUGGUCUUUCAUUGCCUUUCUGGCUGCCGUUGCAGCAUUGCUUCUCACUUCUAUUCAAGCUUGGUAUGCUGUACAUCCCAAGAUCAGCAACUAA